GCCUAUUGGUUGGAGACCGCGUCGCGUCACGCGUACGCACUGGAGAGGCGUGGCACCAGCGGCCGUUGAAAAAUGGCGACUGUUACUGAACUGAAAGCUGUUUUAAAGGACACCUUGGAAAGAAGGGGAGUGUUAGGACAUUUGAAAGCAAGGAUCCGUGCCGAAGUUUUCAAUGCCCUGGAUGAUGAUCGUGAACCCCGACCAUCCUUGUCUCAUGAGAACCUUCUAAUUAAUGAAUUAAUUAGGGAGUAUUUGGAAUUCAAUAAAUAUAAAUACACAGCCUCUGUCCUCAUAGCAGAAUCUGGUCAACCUGUAGUUCCAUUGGACAGACAGUUUCUCAUCCGUGAACUAAAUGCCUUUGAAGAAUCAAAGGAUAACUCAAUUCCUCUGUUAUAUGGAAUUUUAGCCCAUUUCUUGCGUGGUCCUCCAGAUGGAGUCCAGAGUGUGCUUCUGACAGAGUCAACACUGCACCCUGCAAACAAGCAUCUCAACUGGAAGUCCAGCAGAAGACCGGAUGAUGACCACGUGAGGAAGGACACAGGGCUAAGAAGCACGACGGAAGAGCUUCAUGCUGCUGCACCAGCAGUCAGUAGAUGAUGCAUACCCCGGGCUCUUCUCCUCAGCUGCGUGUGGAGUGACUAACUUAUUAUUCUCAAUGCCAUCAAUUAGACUACCACUGUUUGUAAAUGUUUGAGCAUCUACAAACAUUCAGCCACUCACGGUUUACUGCAUCUGUGGAAUGCUGAUCUGACAUCUAGCUUGUUGGAUGCCACUGGGGGGAAAUUUAUUGUUUUCAGGAUGUAUUUUUAAAGUUCUCAUUUGUGAAAUCUGAAAGGGCUUUUUAGUACUUUACAUAGUUUUUUUGGUUUUGGUUUUUUUUUUAAGGCCAGCUCUAAGGGCUGGUAAAGCACUUUCCUCCUAAGUGUCAGGUCCUGGGUUCAGUCCUAGCACUGAAGAAAGAAAACACAAGAACAGGCCUAUGUGCUCAUUAAACUUUUUUCAGCUAGAAUUAUAUGGACCUAUGGGAAAAGUCAUUCAUGUUUUGAAAAAAAUAUUUAAAGGAGCAUUAAAACCAUAAACUUUGAUUUAAAAAAAAAACCAAACUGAAUUACUGCCUGCCCUGGUUAGUUUUAUGUCAACUUGAUACAAGCUAGAGUCAUUUGGGAAGAGGGACUCUGAAUUGAGAAAACCCUUCCAUCAGAUUGGCUUAUGGGCAAACCUGUAGUACUUUUUUCUUCAUUAAUGAUUGAUGUGGGAGGGUCCAGCCCAUUGUGGGUGGUGUCACCCCGGGCAGGUGGUCCUGGGUUCAGUAAGAAAGACUGAGCAAGCCGUGGGGAGCAAGUCAAUAAGCAGCACUCCUCUGUGGCCUCUGCAUCAGCUUCUGCCCUGAUUUCUCUCAGUGAUGAACUGUGAUGUUGAACUGUAAGCUGAAAUAAACCCUCUUCUUCCCAA